AUGAGAGAGAAAAUCGCACGACCAAUCGAGACAUCACCUCUGCUGAAAGUGCAUGCCGCACCGCAACAGAACCAGUACUCAUACUACAUACUCUAUUUACUGCUUGCUGUGGUGACCCUUUUCACAAUCUCAUCGGUACUCUUACCACAAAUACCCUCUAUCUGGUCUUAUAUGUCCUGGCAGUAUUCGUUACCUCCUGCAUCUUGGCCAGAAAGUAGCGGAAUCACUUAUGACCAACUCCAAAAGAUCCUCUUGGAUACUCCUAAUAGCGACAAGGUCCGUGAGUGGAGCUCUUACUACACGUCCGGGCCCCACCUAGCCGGCAAAAAUUACAGCCAGGCUCUCUGGACGCUGAGCUUAUGGAAAGAGUUUGGUGUGGAGGACACGACCCUCAAAACAUAUGAUGUUUACUUGAAUUAUCCAGUUGGUCAUCGUUUGGCUCUAAUUGAUGAUUCUUCCUCAGCUGUUAUCUUUGAAGCCACUUUGAAGGAAGAUGUGCUUGAAGAAGAUCCUACAACUGGUCUACCAAAGCACGUUCCUGCUUUCCAUGCAUACUCAGCUUCUGGGAAUGUGAAUGCUCGAUUUGUUUAUGUAAACUUCGGCACAUAUGAAGAUUUCAAAGAUCUGGAUAGGGCCGGUAUCUUGUUGGAGGGUACAAUUGCCAUUGCAAAAUACGGUCGCAUAGCCUGCGGGUUGAAAAUAAAGGCCGCUCAGGAGUUUGGUAUUGUCGGUGUUGUCAUCUAUAACGAUCCACAAGAUGACGGAGAGGUUACUGAGGAUAACGGUUAUAAGGCCUAUCCCCACGGACCUGCACGAAAUCCUAGUGCUAUCCAGAGGCAUAACGCUCGAUUCCUAAAUGUUCUUCCUGGUGACCCAACAACCCCUGAAUGUGUAUCUAAGCCUGGAUGUGAGCGACAAGAGACCCGAGAUUCAAUGCCAACCAUCCCUUCUCUUCCUGUAUCAUACAAGGAGAUUCUGCCGUUUUUGAAGGCCUUGAAUGGUCGUGGACCUAGAGCAGAAACCUUCGGUGAUAGUUGGAAAGGUGGUCUAGGUUAUAAAGAUGUUGAAUAUAACAUUGGACCUUCUCCCGAAAACUUGGUUAUCAACUUGGUUAACGAACAAAAUUACCAGGUGACUCCGAUUUGGAAUGUCAUCGGUGUCAUUGAAGGUCAUACUGACGAAGUCGUCAUUCUUGGCAAUCAUCGUGAUGCAUGGGGUGCUGGAGGUGCCGGUGAUCCUAACAGCGGGUCUGCCGUAUUGAAUGAAGUUGUGCGGAGCUUCGGUGAAGCUUUGAAAUUUGGAUGGAAGCCUCUUCGUACUAUCGUCUUUGGUAGCUGGGAUGGUGGGGAAUACGGCCUACUUGGUUCCACUGAGUGGGUUAAAGAUAACUUUCCUUGGAUCUCAGAGACUAAUAUUGCGUACUUGAACGUUGAUAUGGCCGUGACUGGUACUGUCUUCGAGGCUCGUGCAUCCCCUUUGCUAGAGAAGGCUAUCCGAGAGACCAUUGCUGUGAUUCAGGACCAAGAGAAGAUAAUCUGUGACUGGGGCAGUAAAAUUGAGGGUCCGAGUUGUCUGAAAGACCUUCUCGCAUUCCAACAUUUUGCAGGAGUGCCUAGUAUGGAUUUUGGAUUCCGUCGUGCAUCUACUGACCCUGUCCAUCAUUCGCACUCCAGCUAUGACAGUCUUGCAUGGAUGGAAAAAUUCGGCGACCAUGACUGGACUUACCAUUUAUUAUGUGCUAAGCUAUGGGCACUGGUAGCUGCACGACUCAUCGAUUCACCGUUGAUUCCCUUCAGCGCUCGGGAUCAUGCCUUGCAUUUAUAUUCAGCCUUCAACCGAAUCAAAGAACAAUACCCACCCGGUGACCCUUAUCUCCAUUUCGCACUUCUCCAUCAGGCUAUGGAUGCUUACUUCGGCGAGGCUCGCGAAUUUGACUAUUUCACAGUCGGCCUCGCGGAGCGCCUUAGAGAAGUGCCCAUUCCUUGGUAUAAAUGGUGGACUAAGGUUCUCGAAUUUAAUACAGUCCGCAGAGCGAAUGAAAGGUACAAGGCUCUUGAGCGAGCAUUCCUUUAUCUGCCUGGUCUUGACGGCCGUAACUGGUUUAAGCACGUCGCAUUUGCCCCAGACAGGUGGACUGGUAAUUCAACAACCUUACCUGGACUAUUGGAGAGUCUUGAAGAUGGUGACUACGAUAAUAUUAAGGUAUUUCUUUCAUUCUCGAUUCGAAGAUCUCACGCUCACUUGAUUUUUCACUUAUUAGAAAUGGGACUGGAUUAUUCAAAAAAGGCUGAA